AUGGCGGCUACAGCGGCUUCACCGGUCCUCGAGAACAGCUCGGCAAUUUCGGCAGCCGAGCUGCAAAAAGUCGCACACGCAAAGGUCAAAGUCGAAGAUUAUGUGACAAAGAAAAACGAGUUGCUCGAGGAUUUGUUCGAAUUGGAGAACACCGAAAAAUUUAUCAAAGAGACCACGAAAACGAUUGAUGAGCUGAAUAAAGAGAAAGAGGAGCACUCGGAAAUUAUUCAAAUGAUAAAUCAGGACAAGACAGAUUUGGAACGGGAAAUCGAGGAGGCUGAAAAUGAAAAAAAAGAGAGGGAAUCAAAGAUUAUCAGAAAAUAUGAGCUUCUCAUGAAGAUUAUGGAGCAAACCAAUGAAAAGCUUCGUGAUAGUGGUGUCGACUUUGAGAUCAAAGAAGACGAUCUUCCACAGACGAAUCUUAAAAGAGAGCCGACUCCGCAAUCUACUCCGUCGGUAUCUGCCAUGCCUUCGCCAUUCGGCGGCUUCAACUUCAAGCAACUCGGAAGUCUCCUGCCGCCGAUGUUUUUCGAGCAAUUGCAAACGUUUCCCGGCGGCGGAGGACCAACUCAAUUCCGGGCGCCGCCACCCCAUCUUGCCGCCAUGCACCAUUUGAAACCUUCCGAUCACCAAUCGCCACCAAUGAAGACGUGCCAAUCGUGCUUCCAGCAGAUUCAUCGAAACGCGCCAAUAUGUCCAAUGUGCAAGUCGAAGAGCCGCAGCAAGAAUCCGAAGAAGCCCAAGAAGAAGGAGAUGUGA